UCCGGUUUAGAAAAAAAAACAUAAACAAAAAAAGCGGCCGGCUGACGAAAACAAAACAAUUUUUCCUCAAAAUCAAAUCAAAUGUGCCGAAGAAACCUGAUUCCGUGAAUGAAGUGGCACAAUCUAAGAUGAUAUCCAAGAAGAAAUGUGCUCACACUCUGAAAGCAGCGACUAUAGUGCUCAUGAUAGUGACGUUUCUAAGUUUUUUGGAGAACAAAUUCGGUGGAAAGCGAGUGGCGGUGGCGAUUCCUUCCACUUUGACUGAGGAGGAGACGUUUGAAGAGCUAAUCAGGCGUGAUGAGGAGCGGCUGGUGCCGGGCCUGGGCGCGGGCGGCGAGCCAGCCGAGCUCGGCGGAAGGGACAAGCAGUAUGGGGAGGCUUCUGAGAAGAAAUAUGCGAUGAACGUGUUCCUGAGCAAUAAGAUCCCGUAUAACAGGACUUUAAACGAUCACCGCAACCCGGCAUGUCAGCGAGUGGUCUACGACGCCGAGCUGCCGUCGGUGUCGGUGAUUGUGGUCUUCCACAAUGAACCAUACUCCGUGGUGGUCCGCACGCUGUGGAGCAUCCUCACCACCACGCGCCGGAGCAACCCCUGGUUCAAGCAGGCCAACUACAUUAAUAGUAAGACGGGGAAGCCAAUGACGCUGGGCUACCCAGGCCAGAGUCCGGACUCGGAGUUUGUCUACCUGAAGGAGAUCAUCCUGGUGGAUGACAACUCCACGCUGGCGGAGCUGAAGGGCAAGCUGAGCCACUACAUCCGCACGCGCCUGCCGCCCGGCAUCGUCAAGGUGCUGCGCCUGCCAGAGCGCAUUGGCCUAACCCGUGCCCGAACCGCCGGCGCGCGCCACGCCACCAGUGACGUGCUAGUGUUUCUGGACGCACACUGCGAGGGCGUCACCGAUUGGCUGAGGCCCAUGCUGCAGCGGCUCAAGGACAAGCCUGCCACGGCGCUCACGCCAAUCAUAGACGUCAUAGAUCAGAAGACCUUCGCUAUACACUCGAACUAUCGGUUUGAUGAAGUGGGCGGGUUCGACUUCCAGGGCAACUUCAACUGGAUCCCGGUGUCGGAGCGCGAGAAGAAACGGCGCGGCUCCGACAUCGCGCCCACCUGGUCCCCGACAAUGGCGGGCGGCCUGUUCGCGAUGCUCCGCGCGUACUUCUGGCAGCUGGGCGGCUACGAUGAGCAGAUGCAGGGCUGGGGCGGCGAGAACCUGGAGCUGAGCUUCCGCGUGUGGAUGUGUGGGGGCACGCUGGAGACGCUGCCGUGCUCGCGCGUGGGGCACGUGUUCCGCGCCUUCCACCCGUACGGCCUGCCCGCCGCCGCCGACACGCACGGGGUUAACAGCGCGCGCAUGGCGGAGGUGUGGAUGGACGACUACAAAGAGCUGCUGUACCUGUACCGGUACGACCUCAGGAACAACCCAGUAAUAGGCGACGUGACCCACCGGAAGGUGCUCCGUGAGAAGCUGCAGUGUAAGUCCUUCCAGUGGUACCUGGACACGGUGUACCCGGACAAGUUCGUGCCGGUCCGGAACGUCAUCGCGUUCGGCAGACUGCGCAACCCUAUAUCCAACCACUGCGUGGACACGAUGGGGCGCGACGCGGGCGCGGCGGCCGGCCUGUACCACUGCCACGGCGCCGUGCAACACCCGCAGGCCUGGAGCCUCACCGAGCGCGGCGAGCUGAGGAACGAGCAACACUGCCUGCUGCCGCUGCUGAGUUCUAAGUCGAAAAGGCCGCCCGUCGUGAUGGCGCGGUGCCGCAGCUCCGGCGGUGAAGUUCCUAAACAGUUCCGCUGGCAAGUGCUGCCCACCAACGAGGUGCAACACUCGGCCACCCGCCUGUGUCUGGACGCCACACACCACGCGCAGGGGGCCCUGCUGCUGGCGCCAUGUAUUGGUGGGGGGGUGACGGAGUUCCACUUCGAUGUGAGGCAGGGGGAGGAACUUAAAGGGAAGCUGUUCCAGUCGCCGGAUCAGCUCGCAGCCAUCGAGAGGAUCAGGGGCCGGCAUCGGUCAAUCCGCUCUCUGCUAUCGACCGAGAACAAAACCUCCGAAGAACAAAACGAACCGGACAGUCUAGAAGACACGAGGAGGAAAGCAGCAGUUAGGACGCAGAAGAAGAAGAAGAAGCCUGCAGCUCGCCAGCAGAAGAGUAGCAAGAGAACUAAGACAAAGAACAAGUUCCUGAUGACAGUGGUCCGCAGCAACUCGACCCACGCCACUCACCUGGAGCUGACGGCGUCCUGCAGCCAUCGCCGCCUUCUCCCUAAUGACAGUCUCGUGAGGGAUAUCGUGGCGGCUCUCAAUGCUAAGGACAUCAAGGUGAUAAACAACGGUCGUCUGUUCGAGAAGGGCUCAAUAUCGGACCUGCCGCGCGACGUGGACCCCCUCACCCUGAGGAAGAGGAAGCGAGCGGGGCGGGAGGGGAAGGGGAGGGGCAAGGUAAAGACGGAGUCUUUGGUCCAGCGCAUGUAUCCGGAAGCCACCACCACUAGGAUACACAAAAAGCGCCCGCGUCACAAGCGAAUCAAUAAGAUAAAAACUGAAGGCAAAGGUGAUGAUGAUGUCGGCAAAACCAAAACAAGAUAUAGCGUCAUAUCCGUACGCAAAGAAAAGCGCCCAGAAUCAACAGGAGUCGACGCAAAACGCACUAAAAACAGCAAAACUAAGAAACCUAAAGGCAAGAGAGGGAAAGCCAAGGAGAAAGUGACGCCGACACCUGCGCACAGCGAGCAGAAUGUCAGUGAGAUGGAUCAGUGGUCCUCCGAGACCGGCGACACACGGCGACGCGGCGCGACCGCCGGCGACUUGACUCAAGAUGAUAAUACUGCCCCCGAGCCCCCGGUGUCGCUGAAGCUGAAGAGCAACAUCACGCUGAACCUCCCCCCCGCCCCCCGCGCCCGCGACGUCUUCAGCUCGAUCCUGAGCGCGCUGACCUCCGACACAGCGACUCUGUCGCCGGCGCUGGACGAGUCCGACAGCGGAGACGCGAGUGAGCCCGCGCGCUGACCGGAGUACGGAGCUGGUCAUCGUAGGUCGCCUUGAAAAUGCCGUCCUCAUACGUUCAACCAAUGAAAACAUAUUGUUAAAAUUACAAGUGCUCAAAUUAUUAGGGACCAGAUUAAUUUAGAUAGAAUAUAAUAUUAUUCAGUAUAUUGACUGCUAUAAGAUAAGACAAGUAUAAUAAGAAAUUUAUAGUUGCAUUUAUUAAACCGAGUGCCAAAUAUGUAGCAUUUUAUAGCAUUUACUGUGACGACGCUUCAUCACCUGAUAAUUUUUAGGUGUGAAUCCAAAUAAUUUACAAAAUCUAUUUUCUAAA